AUGUCUCAAUGGUUGAGAGCAGCAAUCGAUGGAGGACACAUAAUAUUAUUUGACUUCGACUCGUUUACUCAAAGUACGCCAAUAGCUAGAGGCGCUUUCGGCGAAGUAUCUAGAGCUUAUUGGGAUAGUGCAGAGAAAGUUGUAGCAUUGAAAACUUUAUAUAAUAAUCCGGGGACAGAAUUUGAUCAAUCGUUUGAAGAAUUCAUUAAGGAGUUACGAUUAAUUCGUUCUGUUGACUUUCAUGAUAAUGUAAUAAGAUUCUUCGGUGUAACUUAUGAUUAUCUAACUAUUUAUGAAAAUGCCUGGAAUAGUGAUCCAUCUCAACGCUCUGAUAUAGAAGAAAUUCGUAAUAAAUUAGAAAAAGUAAGAUUGAUUCCUGUAUGGGAAGAUCCUACAAAACAACGUCCACAAAUUCAAAAUAUACAGAUGAAUAACAACCAAACAAGACCUUCCUCUUCAGGUGGUGAUCCGAAUCAGUUUGGUAGGUAUGUUACUCCCCCGUCUAGCGGUAAUAGUGGAAACGACCAAAGGACUAAUUACACUAAUUAUCCACAAGGUUUGCCCCAACAACAAUCAAUGUAUCCUCCGAAUUCACAACAGAUGUAUCCUCACCCGAAUUCACAACAGACACCACCAUCAUCUUUAUCUUCUUCUUCUUCAACUUUACGACCAAAUUAUCCUCCUCAAAAUUAUUCAAAUCCUCAUAAAACUCCUAUUUCUCAAUCAUCACAAAAGUCUAGUCAAACUAACAAAACCAAAUCUAAAACUAAUAUUUAUUCCAAAAUGAUACCUUGUGUUGACAUCCUUACCAAAUACGUUGAUGAAAAUCAAAACUCGAUAAAUUAUGUUGAACUAAACCGCUGUAAUGCUGCCUUACAUGUUGGAGCCGAAGAUGUGAUAGGAUUGCAAUAUCAUCUCGAUCAUGGAGCAGCUGUGGAUAGUAAUUAUGAAUUCAAAGGUUACAUUGAACCAUUGGUCCAUAUUGCAUCUGCGCAUUGUUCUGGAAAAAAAUUAAUAACUAUGCUAAAAACUUUAAAAGCAUAUCAUGCUGAUUUUUCUUUAAAGAGUAAAAAUGGUAAAACUGCUCUUCAUCGAUUAUAUGAAAACAAUAUGAAAAAAAAUGUGCCUGAUGAUCCAAAGUUCAAAAGACGUGUAGGACGAAUAGCGGAAGCAAUUAAAUUAUUAUGUGAAAAUAAAUGUCUGGUAAAUGCACGUGAUCCAGACAAAAGAACGGUGCUUUCGUACUAUUUGGUUGAAAAAGAUAAACAAGAAUUAAAACAACCUAUAAUUACGACAUUGUUAGAGAUGGGAGCUAACCCUAAUUUAUCAAUUACUGUUGAAUCAACAUAUCAAACAUUUUAUGCUCCAACUGCUUUAUUUAUGGCCAUACAAUAUGAUUGGCCAAUUGAAACUAUAAAGUUUAUGUUGGAGAAGGGUGCUGAUGCCAGGAUCCAGGAUACUAAGAAGAAGAUGAAUAUUCUUUGUUUGGCAACUUUCAAAAAGAAGCCUGAUGUGAUGCAAUGGCUAUUAGAGCAUGUAUAUUGUUUAUCUGAACCUGAAAGUAUAAAGUUGGCUAAAAGAUAUGAUUCAACAAUUGUAAGCAAGAGUUCAACUCUUUUAUUUUCCUGGCAAUUUGAUCUUAAUAAAUCAAAGCGUAGAUUAACACAACAGCAAAAUGUUGAGAAUUUUCCACCUGACCACAAAAUAGAUGAAGAAGAUUUGGAAAAACCAUGUUAA